UGAUGAAUCAAUCGGGUUACGUUCAGUUGACGAUGGAAUUACUGUCAGGGUUGUGUGGGUGUUUGUCGAAGUGGAAGAGAGGAGGGAAAGGAGACGAAGGAAGUGAAGGAGAAGAUGGGGAAGAUAAUUCCUUUGAUUUUUUCUUCCCGCUUCGAACUCUUCAACUCGCUACCAAUUUCUUCUCCGACGUCAACCUGCUCGGUCAUGGUGGCUUCGGCCCCGUUUUCAAGGGCUUGGUGCCAAAUGGUCCAGAAGUAGCCGUGAAGAAGCUGUCAUUGAAUUCAAGACAGGGGCUCAGGGAAUUCACAAAUGAAGUGAAGGUGUUGUUGAGAACUCAACAUAAAAACUUGGUGAUACUCUUGGGUUGUUGUGCUGAAGGUCCUGAAAAGAUGCUUGUCUAUGAGUAUCUACCCAACAAGAGCCUCGACUACUUCCUCUUUGAUAAGACCAAAUCAGCAUCCUUGGAUUGGACAAAGCGACAUGCGAUAAUUUCUGGUGUGGCAAGAGGUCUUCUCUACCUACACGAGGAGGCCCCCGAGAGAAUCAUUCAUAGAGACAUCAAAGCAAGUAAUAUUUUGCUGGAUGAGCAGCUUAACCCUAAGAUCUCAGAUUUUGGCUUGGCAAGGCUCUUUCCUGGGGAAGACACCCAUUUAAAUACAUUUAGGAUUUCGGGUACUUAUGGUUAUAUGGCUCCUGAGUAUGCAAUGCAUGGCUACUUGUCUGUGAAAACCGAUGUUUUUAGCUAUGGAAUAUUGGUGUUAGAGAUCGUGAGUGGAAGAAAGAAUCAUGAUUCAAGGUUGGGUGAAGAAAAGGCAGAUCUCUUGAGCUAUGCCUGGAAGCUCUACCAAGAAGGAAAUGCAUUGGACUUAAUGGACCCUAGGCUUGCCGAGUUCAAUCAUGAUGAGACAGCAAUGUGCAUUCAGAUGGCAUUGUUAUGUUGUCAGGCAUCUGUUGCUGAGAGACCAGAUAUGAAUUCUGUUAAUCUCAUGCUCUCAAGUGAUGAUUCAUUUACAUUGCCAAAACCUGGAAAACCAGGAAUUCAAGGCCGUGAAGGGCAUUGGACAACCACCUCUUCUGCCAUAACCAGAUCGAAUGCUACUACUAUUUUUAGUGGCGUUACCAAAGCUUCUACAGAUUGUAGUUUAGAUGAAGAUAAUUCUAGAAACUCUAUAUCUAUUUCUUCUUUGGACAAAGGCUGAUGACCUACAUUAUUUUGUUAGCUUUUUUCAUGAUUUUG